GGCGCCGUCCCCGGUGGCGGAGCGGGAUGCAGCGCUGAGGGCGGACGGCGCCAUGAACCUGCUGCCGUGCAACCCGCACGGGAACGGGCUACUGUACGCAGGCUUCAAUCAGGACCACGGGUGCUUUGCUUGUGGGAUGGAAAAUGGAUUCCGCGUGUAUAACACAGAUCCACUGAAGGAAAAGGAGAAGCAAGAGUUCCUGGAAGGAGGAGUUGGUCAUGUUGAAAUGUUGUUUCGCUGCAACUAUCUAGCCCUUGUUGGUGGCGGGAAGAAGCCAAAGUAUCCACCCAACAAAGUGAUGAUCUGGGACGACCUGAAGAAGAAGACUGUGAUUGAGAUAGAAUUUUCCACCGAAGUGAAGGCGGUCAAGUUGCGGCGGGAUCGAAUCGUCGUGGUUCUGGAUUCGAUGAUCAAGGUGUUCACGUUCACUCACAAUCCCCAUCAGCUGCAUGUCUUUGAGACAUGCUACAACCCUAAAGGCCUGUGUGUCCUGUGCCCCAAUAGCAACAACUCACUCCUGGCCUUUCCGGGGACACACACGGGUCACGUCCAGCUGGUGGACCUGGCCAGCACCGAGAAGCCACCCGUGGACAUCCCCGCACACGAGGGUGUCCUCAGCUGCAUCGCGCUCAACCUGCAGGGCACGAGGAUCGCCACCGCCUCGGAGAAGGGGACCCUCAUCAGGAUAUUUGACACUUCAUCGGGACAGCUGGUGCAGGAGCUCCGGAGAGGGUCCCAGGCAGCCAACAUUUACUGCAUUAACUUCAAUCAGGAUGCCUCGCUCAUCUGUGUGUCUAGCGACCACGGCACUGUACACGUGUUUGCAGCCGAAGAUCCGAAGAGGAAUAAGCAGUCGAGUUUGGCAUCUGCCAGUUUCCUUCCAAAGUACUUCAGUUCCAAGUGGAGUUUCUCCAAGUUCCAGGUCCCCUCAGGCUCUCCGUGCAUUUGUGCCUUUGGAACGGAGCCCAACGCGGUCAUUGCGAUCUGCGCAGACGGCAGCUACUACAAGUUCCUGUUCAACCCCAAAGGGGAGUGCGUCCGUGACGUGUACGCGCAGUUCCUGGAGAUGACCGAUGACAAGCUGUGACUGGCCACUAGCGAGUGGUCCGUGCUUCCCUCCCCACGGGCUCCCGGGGCUAGUGGCCAGCGCCCUGUGGGCCUCGUCGGGGUGGGGCUGGAGGGACCACCCGGGCCCUUGCUCUCAAAGCCUUCUGCUUUUCUCUGCGGAGGCAGCCCGGGCCAUCCUUGGCAGCUCCCUGCGGCACAGCUGUGAGCUGCGCAGCUCAGGCUCGGGCACAGCAGCCGGGAGGCUUGUCUGCAUUAGAACCCGCUGUCUUUGCUGAGUAAGCGGGGGCACGUGGGCCACCACCAGCUCACGUGACUUAGAGCUCCGAGCAGUCAAGGGAGAGCUCGCACAGCUUGCUCCGGGAAGGAGGCCCGACAGAUGGCCCCCGGGUGAGGUCUCGGCCGCCCUCCCCCCGCCCCCGUUGUCUUUCUGGGGGCUAGGGGAACCUGGUGACCUCCAGUCUCCCCACCCCAGUCGAGCGCCUUUGUGUCACACAGCUGCCAGUCCUGGGCUGUGGGGCACAGCGACUGGGCCUCCGGUGCCCUGCGUGAACUCCCGAGUGUGGGGAGAGGAGCACCCCGGAGCACGUCGGCCGUCUGCCGUCCAUGCCCUCGUCGUCCCCCAGGAGAAGUUGCCCUGAAGUUCUGGGGGUGAAUGGCACAUGCCUUUUUAAAACACUUGGUAACUAAAGUAGGUUACGGGCUCCACAUCGUCAAUAUUUAAUUUUCUUGAAUUCCGGUUUUGGUUCCAGGUUGCAAACAUUUAAAGCCUGUGCAGCCCCUUGACUGUCUUGUAAUCUGCUAACUGUUGUGGAUUUUGGUGUAAAGUAUGCAUGCUGCUUUUAUGUGUAUUUAAUCAUGACAUUUAAUUUUGCACACUUAUUUGUACUGUUUCUUUUCAAUAAAAGUGACUAAUUUUGUU